UUGAAUAGCGAAGAAGAAGAAGAAGCUCUUAUUUCCAUGGCCCUGCACCUUGUUGUCUCUUAGCCUCGGCGAUCUUCUUCUUCUCUCGGACGGCGAUUUAGCUACACACGGAUCGAGUAAUUCUUGUUCCAAUUCCCUAUUCUGCAUGCAGACGCUCCGCUUUCCGUAUCGGGUUCACAACCGCCGCUAUAAUUUCUUGUUUGCGACGGAGUUCAUGAGGGUGAGGGAACUACGAGAGCAGGUGGAUUGAUUUUUAUCACCUCUUGCGAUUGGAGGGCUUGUGCUGGCUUGGUGGAGUCUGCGUGAAGCGUUGGAAUUGUACUUGGCCGCUGCGUGACGUUGCGAUUGUAUACGUUUCAUCUCUUCUUCUUUUUUUCUGCAGGUGAAAUAUGAUGAUUCCCUUUGUCAGAAGAAUAGUCUAUAGAUCUCGUUCUCUUGCCAAGUACCACAAUGAAGCCCUCCAACAACCUGGAUAUCUUUCUUCUAUUUUCAACUUGCAAGGAAGCAGUCCAGCUUUAACUGAGCAGUGCAAAUCUGGUACUUUAAAUGAAGAAUGUCCUGGAGUCCUAGGUGAUCUACCUAAAAAUGGAACCAUCUGCGGUCAUCGCAUGCAUAGUACGAUAGGGUUUCGAGUUGCGGAGCCAUUACGGCAAGGGAUGACAGAGAUGGUGCCCGACUUGGCUUCUUUUCCAUCAAAUCUUCGCUACGAGGACCUGGUCAUUACAAGAUCGAAGAGCUUACAGGUGAAACCCAGAUUAGACGCGAGUACUUUAAAGUUUGGAGCAGUAUACACUGACCACAUGCUACAAGCUUCUUGGAAGGAUGGUCUUGGUUGGUCGGCCCCUUCGAUUGAUCCGCUUGGCUCUAUUUCACUUCACCCAUGUGCACAGGUGCUACACUAUGGAGUUGAAUGCUUCGAGGGUAUGAAGGUCUACAAGGGGAAGGAUGGUCAAUUAAGAUUGUUCCGGCCUGAGAUGAACAUGGAUCGUUUGGCUCGUUCUGCUGCUCGUCUUACCUUACCUCAAUUUGACAAGUUAGAGUUGCUGGAGUGUAUAAAGGAGCUCGUGCGGGUGGAGCGGGAUUGGGUUCCUGAUGAAGAGGGGUUUUCGGUUUACAUUCGACCGACUAUGAUUGGUACCCACCCGUUUCUAGGUGUCUCUCCGACCAGAGAAGCGAUGCUAUAUGUCAUUCUCUCUCCAGUUGGUCCGUAUUUUCCUAGCGGCUUGAAGCCAAUCAAACUUUAUGUUGAGACAGAAAAUGUGAGAGCCUUUCCUGGAGGUGUUGGAGAUAACAAGAUUGGUGGUAAUUACGCCACAACUAUAUUGCCUCAGCUGCGUGCUUCUCAUAUGGGCUGCUCGCAAGUACUGUAUGUGCUACAAGAUGGAAUGUCUGAGGGAGGCCUAGUUGGAGAGUCAGGGUCAAUGAACAUGUUUUUCCUCAUUCGGCAAGAGGGGGAGGACGGGGAACUGGAACUUGUGACUCCUCCAUUGGAUGGUCUCAUACUUCCAGGGGUUACGAGAGAUACAGUUAUUAAACUCGCACAGGGAUUUAGAGACAUAAAAGUGUCUGAGAGACCUCUGCAUUUUGAUGAAGUGGAGCGAGCCUCGGAAACUGGUCGCUUACUGGAAGUGUUUGGUACAGGCACAGCGUGCAUGAUUCAGCCCGUAAUGAGCCUUACGAAAAAAGAUCACACCGAAAUAAAGAUUCCAUUUAAUGCUGAUGCUGCCAAAUACUGGCUUGCGAAGCCACCUGGAACAGGUUUCACGCUGAAUUCUUUUAUGGAAGAGCCCUUCAGCCUUUGUGGCCGUCUCAGCAGAUCACUCCUUGAUGUGCAAUAUGGGCACGUCGACAGCGAGUGGUCAGUUGUAAUUGACCCAUGAACAGUUUCACAACAGCAGCAAUGUACAAAACAAAAACACAUGGUUACACCACCUCAAAGGAGUAAUUUUGUAAAAAAAAACCUCGUCAAAUACGUCAGAAGUAUUUCGUUUGGAGAGAUAGUUUUCUCGAGUGAAGAAGCUCUGACUGGGCACCUCACAAUCCCUGAGGAAAUGUUUUCACUAUACCAACCCUAUUUUAGGGACUGCAUAGUGAAGCUUUACUAUGCAUAGAAUUUUAUGGAUUUAUAUCGGUCUUCAAUGUCUAUAGAAUUACCAUGCAUAGAAUUUCAAACUGAUGAAAUCCUUUCAGUCAAUGUUUCAAAAGUAACACAAUGUAUUAUUGUAAGUUGAAUUAGAAUGCAAAACAUUGGUUCAGUAUUAAA